UUUUAUAAUAUCGCCGAAUCCACCGCCAAACCCUAGCGUCCCCUUCUUCCCGCUAGGGUUUAAGAUGCAAAACAUUCUAAAAGAAAACAGCCGUAUAUAUAUGUACUUUACGUAUCCUUUUUGCAGCGAUGAAAUUUAAUUUUGCUCUCUGCAACCUAUAUUCUAACCCCCAAAGCUCCAAUCUUUCUUUUCUCAGACAUGGUCGAGUGUAUGCCUGAACCCACCAUUGUUGAAGAAGACCGCCACAAUCAAGCUUCAAAGUCUAAAAACUUGAAAGACCCACUUGAAGAUUCAAAAUUGACUGAUUUAUCGUUUGCUGAUUCGUUUCUCGAUUUUGACUCCAUAAAGGAGUUUUUUGAAGAGAGCUCAGUCUCAGAUACAGUUAGUUUAGAUAAGAGUGAUUUCGUGAAUAUUGACAAGGGCAUGGAGAUUGGUAAUAAUGGCUUGUCUAUUGAACCACAGUCCAAUCCAAGUUUUGAAGAGCUGAGGCAAAUUGUCAGUUGCUCUAAGCCAAUUGUAGAUAGUUUAGAUAAGAGUGAUUUCGGGAAGAUUGACAAGGGUAUGGAGAUGGGUGAUAAUGGGUUGUCUAUUGAACCACAGUCGAACCCAAGUUUUGAAGAGUUGAGGCAAAUUGUCAAUAGCUCGAAGGCAAUUGUAGAUGGCUCUGGCUGUAUUGAAGAGGAGAUGGGCAGGGUUAGUUUGGUUGGUGUGUCAAGUCCCAUUUGUAGUGAUGAGAAAACAGUGGGUAAUGAAACAGAGAUGGGAAAGGUAAGUUUAGUUGCCGGGUCGAGCUCUGUGUUUCCUGAUGGGAGUGUUGUCAACAGUGGCGUAGCAAGUGAUGAGAUGGAUAUUGGCAAUGUUAAUUUGCCCACUGGGUUGAGCACAGAUGCUGGUACUGGAAGCCAUGUGAAUAAUGUGGUAAACAGUGACAAGGAUGAUAGGGGAAGUGAUUCUGAAUCUGCUAGUGAAAGCAGUUCAUCCUCUGAUAGCAGUAGCGAUGGCGAUGAGGAAGAGGAGGGAAAGAUGAGCGAUGAGGAAGAGAAUGAGGAGGAAGAAGUGGAGGGUGAGAUUGAAGAAGGUGAGAUAAGGAAUGUUAAUGGAGAGGAGAUGGUUGGUAAGAAUGAUGAUUAUGAAGAGGAAGAGGACGAUGGAAACAAGAUGGUUGAAUGGAGCGAGACUGAAUUUGAUGAUAUUGAUGAGGAAGAGGAAGGGGAUGCCGUUGUUUUGAGAGGACCUAUUAGGUCAAAGAAUGAGCUUACGGUUCUCCCUCCUGUUCCAUCAGUGGAUGCCACAUUGCAACCGCAUCAUCAGAUGCAGCCCGUUGGAGCUGUUUUGUCGAUUAUAAGUGCCCAAGUCAUUGUGGAAGGGGUGGAGAAGCACAACCCUCUUAAUGAGGGUUCAAUCCUUUGGAUAACUGAAAAUAGAUCUCCAUUAGGGAUUUUAGAUGAGAUAUUUGGUCCAGUUCAGUACCCCUACUACAUGGUGAGAUACAAUUCUGAAAGUGAAGUCCCUGCUGGAAUCUGUCAAGGAACUUUGAUUUCUUUUGUUUCCGAGUUUGCCAAUCAUAUUCUCGGCGAUAAGAAUCUUUACAAGAAAGGUUAUGAUGCGUCUGGUGAGAAUGAUGAAGAGUUGUCAGAUGAUGCAGAGUUCUCAGAUGAUGAAAAGGAGGCAGAGUACAGGAGAAUGCAAAAAAUGUCAAAGAGGGGCAUGAAUUACCAGACAUUUGGAAACAAGAAAACCAAUAGAAAGAAGGUUAAUCAUAGGAAUAGCAAUUGGAGGAAUAAUACACCUUCAGGGCAGCAAACAUUGAUGGGUGUGGGUCAGUCAAUACCAAAUCAGAACCAGCAUAAUAAAUCUUCAAUAGGAGCAUCAAUGAAUAAGUGUUCAUCUUCUACCAUAGGACAUGAUUUUCAUAGUGGAAGUGGCUUUUUCCCACCAUUUUCAUCAAUGGCACCAACCAAGGGUGUUUUCCCGUCUACAGAUGGAGUCUGGGUAAAUGGAUUGCCUUGUUCUCAGUCACAGAAUGCAGUCAUUCCUGGUGGAAUUACAGCUAAUAAUAUAUCGUGGCCUGGACAGAAUCAACUACUGCAUCCCUGUCAGAUGCCAUUUCAGCAACAGUUCAAUCCUAGUCAAGGGUCACUUCCUAAUGGUCUCCUACCAGGUGGGCAGAUUAAUCUUUCUGCCGGACCUUUACAUUGGCCUGGUCAAAAUUCCUUUAACCUAGCAGCAUUUGGGAUGGGCUUCCAGAUUCAACCUGCUCGUCCAACCAUAAAUACUAUGAAUAUUGGAAGCCAAGGAAUGAUGUCUAAUGGACUGCACGCGGAACAGAACAGUAACUUGCAACCACCUUCUGUCAUUCCUGCUGUUCAAUCACCUCAGCAAUUUAAUUUGGGUGCAUCUUCAAGCCGUGGUAGGAAACCAUAUCAUCAUCGAGGAGGUAGUCGUUUUGCAGGUGGGAGAGGUCAGCGUCUUCAAAAUUAAGUUAAUUAGCUGUAGUGUAGCAUUUUGAAUGUCUCUUAAAAUAGGUGGGGCUUUGUGAAUUUGCCUGCUUUUUGUGCGAUAUUUUGGUAUGAUAUUUUGCUGUAUGGCUUGUUCUGCUAAUCUUUAUCAGUUUCAACUACUUGAGAUUGAGGAUGAUAAAGCUUUUGAAAUUCUGUGUCUGAAA